GGGAAGAGAAGAGUUGAUGUAAUUGGAGAAGGUAUUUUAGAGAAAACAUUAAAAUUACAAUACAUUAAAAAUAUUAGUAAGUAAAAAAAUUUAAGGUAAAAUAUGCAUAAAAACUUAAAUUUCCCUGAUCUAAUAAAUAAAUGAAAAUAUGAUAUACCGACCACCAAACCAAUUAACAAUUAUCAUUAUCCUAUUGGCCGGUGAGGUGAGCCAAUCCCAGUGAUUUGGAAAUCCACAAUCAACAAGUCAACAAGUCAACAUUACAUUACAACUAAAAUUUAGAGAUUAUAUAUUAUAUAAAUACAUCGUUGGCCUUCACUCUUCUGUAUAUACUGAAAAAUAUCAGAGUGAAUAGUAAAGGAAAGCCAUCAGCCAUGGAGAAAUCUAAGUCUACCAAACCCAUAGUCGUGGACGAGAGAAGCGGCUACUGUAAAUCAAACUCCAUCUUCUACAGCAAACGCAACCCCAUACACCUCCCUCACAACCAUUCCGUCGACGUCACCACCUUCAUCUCCUCCCGCCCUCACAACGGCAAGAUUGCCUUCAUCGACGCCGCCACAGGUCACCACCUCACUUUUCCUCAACUAUGGCGAGCCGUUGAUUCCGUCGCUACUUCUCUCUCUGUCAUGGGAAUCAGGAAAGGUGACGUCAUCCUCCUCCUUUCCCCAAACUCUAUUUACUUCCCGGUGGUCUGUCUCGCCGUGAUGUCACUCGGUGCCAUCAUCACCACUACCAAUCCACUCAACACUUCCCGAGAAAUCGCUAAACAGAUCGCCGAUUCCAAACCUGUCCUCGCCUUCACCAUUCCUCAGCUCGUUUCCAAAAUCGCCGGUUCUAAUCUCCCAACUGUUUUAUUAAUCGACGAUGAGAACCGAAAUUCGCUUGAUAAAUCCAUGAAUAUAGUGGGAUCUUUAGGGGAAAUGAUGAGAAAGGAACCGAGCACUAACCGGAUCGGGUACAGAGUCAAUCAGGAAGACACAGCUACUUUACUCUACUCCUCUGGUACUACCGGCGCGAGUAAAGGCGUGGUUUCUUCUCACAAGAAUCUAAUCGCAAUGGUUCAAACUAUUCUCAGCAGAUUCGGUACAGAAGAUGGAGAACACACCUUCAUCUGUACCGUUCCUAUGUUCCACAUCUACGGCUUAGCAGCCUUCGCAAUGGGCCUUCUCUCCUCUGGAUCAACCAUCGUGAUUCUCUCCAAGUUCGAGAUCCACGAAAUGUUAUCCGCGAUCGACAAGUACAGAGCCACCUACCUCCCUCUCGUGCCGCCGAUUCUGGUGGCGCUGUUGAACAACGCGAAUCACAUAAGGGCCAAGUACGAUCUGAGCUCACUGCAAUCAGUUCUUUCGGGUGGAGCUCCGCUGAGUAAAGAGGUAAUCGAAGGGUUCGUGGAGAAAUAUCCAACGGUGAGUAUUCUUCAGGGUUAUGGCUUAACCGAAUCCACGGGAAUCGGAGCUUCAACGGACUGUCUAGAAGAAAGUCGGCGGUACGGAACUGCCGGAAUGCUGUCUCCGAGCAUGGAGGCCAAGAUUGUGAACCCUGAAACCGGUGAAGCUUUGUCGGUUAACCGGACCGGUGAACUUUUGCUGAGGGGCCCUACAAUUAUGAAAGGCUAUUUCAGUAAUGAAGAAGCAACUUCAUCAACAAUUGACUCAGAAGGAUGGUUGAGAACUGGUGACCUCUGCUACAUUGAUGAAGAUGGAUUCAUUUUCGUGGUUGAUAGGUUGAAAGAGCUUAUUAAAUACAAGGGUUAUCAGGUGGCCCCAGCAGAACUUGAGGCCUUGUUACUUACUCAUCCUGAAAUUUCUGACGCUGCUGUUAUACCAUAUCCUGAUAAGGAGGCUGGCCAAUUUCCCAUGGCAUACGUGGUUAGAAAAGGGGGAAGUAAUUUAUCUGAAUUUUCAGUCAUGGAUUUUAUAGCCAAACUGGUGGCGCCAUACAAGAGAAUUCGAAAAGUGGCAUUUGUAGCAUCCAUACCCAAGAAUCCUUCAGGCAAGAUUUUAAGGAAGGAUCUCAUAAAACUCGCUACCGCUAAACUCUAAGCCUGUCACAAGUUUUAUUGUAUCUAUAAUCUAUCUAUAAUAUAUGUUUAUUUAUUUUCAAAUAUUUAUAGGAUAUAAAUAUAUAUAUAUCUAUUCUAUAUAAAGUGUGACUAUAUAACCGAAUUCUUGGUUUAUGAGAAAUUUAUAGGUGAAUUUUUAUUUAUAUUAAAAAUAAAAUAGUUUAUUAUUAAAAAUAAAA